ACAUGAAUAUAAAAUAAAAACUCUGUAUGUACACAUAGCACGCCAAUCGGUGUUCUUAUCGAAGAAUAAAAAGCUAUUAGAUUUUUAGUGCGGCGGCUGCGCUCAGGUAUAACGAGUUGGCGAUAAGCGGCAGCUGAGCUGCGCCGCACCGCAGGCUGUACUCCUCGAUAUCGGGCACUGGGCACAGGGUACUGGGCACUGGGCACCAGGCACAGGGCACCAGGCACAGGGCACCGGGCACAGGGCACCUGGCACCGGGCACACUCGUCGACACCAUGCGCCCGCCGCACCUAGCUAUCGCGUUCGGCCUUUCCGUGGCGGCGCAGGCCCUCUGGGUCUGUGCUCCCACUCUGCCCAACGACCAAAACUUUAGAUACGAGAAAUUACAAAAUUACGGACUAGGUAAGCGUGUAAUUCCAAACUAUAGACGUGUAAAUGUUGGAUACGCGUACCCGGAGCCGCUGCGUGGCGCGUGGCCUGCAGGGGCGACGGGCGCGGGUUACGUGCGCGCCCCCUACCGCAGCCUCUACCAGGGCGUGAGGCGCCGCGGCGACCGGCGCGUCUACAUGAAGCGCUUCGACUACGCAGCUAAGCCCUCCGGCCACCGCAUCUUCUGCCAGGCCAUCACCGACUGCGAGAUCUCGCACGUGGCUAUAGAGACUGGCGGGGGCGGGGGCGUGCCGGUGCUGCUGCGCGGCGGCGCGGGGUACCGCCAUCUCAGCGUUGUGGUGAAGGCGCCCGCCGGCGCGCCACUGCGGGGCUCACUCAAGGCCUACUGCCGGGGCCCGCCGCCACCGGUCACGAAGAAUUGACUAACUUAUCGAGCGGUAGAAGUCGACGCGGGGUCGGCGCUGGGUGCGCGGUGGAAGGCGCGGUUAUUGCGCACAAUUAAAGAAGCGGGCAGAUCCCGUGGGACUGCGCCGGUUCUAACCAGCUCAGCCAAUCUACAGGAUGCCUUAACUAAGAAGAUAAGUAUGCAGCCUGCACAUUGCACAAUACAUUACUAAUCAAAACAUCAUCAAAAUUCAAAUUUUUCUUCUUUUUAUAGUGCCAUUCGUGUUUAGAAAAUCAACAUUUCAACAGAUGAUCUUACUGUCCGCUGAGUGCAGGUGUAUUGAGUGAGCACGGGUUGCAGUUGUCAGUGGACCGAAGUAAGUUUAAUGUUUUAAAAGUAAAAACUGAACAUCCUGUAUUUGUAACAAUUAUCAACUGUUACUGCGCCAUCCAAUAAUAACGGAGAUGUGACGGCCAUCUUA